UUUGCCCAGAAGGUGCAGAGAUAAUUAUUUCAGAGGAAUGAGUAUGCCCAUUUUCCUUGGCAGGCUCACUGGCCAGAUCACACCAGGCAGAUGAAUCCAGCAAACCAUUCCCAGGUGGCAACGUUCGUCCUCCUGGGGCUCUCUCAGGUAUGGGAACUUCGGUUCCUAUUCUUCACUGUUUUCUCAGCAGUGUAUCUUUUGACUGUCACUGGCAAUCUUCUUAUUGUGGCCAUAGUGACCUCUGACCGGCGCUUGCACACAACUAUGUAUUUCCUCUUAGGCAACCUUUCUUUCUUGGACUUCUGCUAUUCUUCUAUCACUGCCCCCAGGAUGCUGGUUGACUUGCUCUCACACAGCCCCACCAUUUCUUUUGGUGCAUGCCUAACUCAGCUGUUCUUUUUCCACUUCAUUGGAGGCAUCAAGAUAUUCCUUCUGACUGUCAUGGCAUAUGACCGUUACAUUGCCAUUUCCCAGCCCCUACGCUACACACUAAUUAUGAAUCAGACAGUCUGUGGGCUCUUCAUGGCAGCCUCAUGGGUGGGUGGUUUUAUCCACUCCAUUGUACAGGUUGGACUGACUAUCCACCUGCCAUUUUGUGGUCCUGACAAACUGGACAAUUUUUAUUGUGAUGUUCCACAGCUGAUCAAAUUGGCCUGCACCGAUACCUUUGUCUUAGAGCUUCUGAUGGUGUCUAACAAUGGCUUGGUCACUCUCAUGUGUUUUCUUGUGCUGCUGGGCUCCUAUACAGCUCUGCUUGUGAUGCUCCGAAGUCACUCGAAGGAGGGGCGCAGCAAGGCCCUGUCUACCUGUGCCUCUCACAUUACUGUGGUGACUAUAAUUUUUGUGCCUUGCAUCUACAUCUAUGCAAGACCUUUUAGGACAUUCCCCAUGGACAAGGCAGUUUCUGUGCUGUAUACAAUGGUCACCCCCAUGCUGAAUCCUGCCAUUUAUACCCUGAGAAAUAAAGAAGUGAUUGCAGCCAUGAAAAAGCUGUGGAGGAGGCAGAAGGAUUUUCUUGGUCCCUCAGAUCAUUGA